UGCAACUCUCACGGGAACCUUUCUAGGAAAAGGUGCCAUGCGUUCCGGGGGCCGCGGGCGGCCCAGACAACGGUGGGGGGAACACGGCCUCUUGCAGCCACCUUCACCGCCCAAACGCCGCCUGCUACCGCGGGCGCAGCUGUUGCCGCUGCUGCUGCUGGCGCUGGCGGUGGCUUCAGCGUUCUACACCAUCUGGAGCGGCUGGCACCGCCGGACUGAGGAGCUGCCGCCGGGCCGGGAGCUGCGGGGCCCGUUGAUCGCAAGCCUUCCCGAAGCCCGAAUGCGGAGAGUGGUGGGGCAACUGGACCCACAGCGUCUCUGGAACACUUAUCUGCGUCCCCUGCUGGUUGUGCGGACGCCUGGCAGUCCGGGUAAUCUCCAAGUCAGAAAGUUCCUGGAGGCCACCAUGCGGACCCUGACGGCAGGCUGGCAUGUGGAGCUGGACCCCUUCACAGCCUCAACGCCUUUGGGGUCACUGGACUUUGCCAAUGUGGUGGCCACGCUGGACCCAGGGGCUGCCCGUCACCUCACCCUUGCCUGCCAUUAUGACUCAAAGCUCUUCCCAUCUGAGUCGGCCCCAUUUGUGGGGGCUACAGAUUCAGCUGUGCCUUGUGCCCUGCUACUGGAGCUGGCCCAGGCCCUGGACCAGGAACUGAGUAGAGCCAAAGAUCAGGCAGCCUCAGUGACCCUGCAGCUGCUGUUCUUGGAUGGUGAAGAGGCGCUGAAGGAAUGGGGACCCAAGGACUCCCUCUAUGGCUCCCGGCACCUGGCCCAGCUCAUGGAGUCUGCACCCCACAGUCCCGGCCCCACCAGGAUCCAGGCUAUUGAGCUCUUUAUGCUUCUUGAUCUUUUGGGAGCCCCCCAUCCGACUUUCUACAGUCACUUCCCUCGCACAGUCCGCUGGUUCCAUCGGCUGAGGAGCAUCGAGAAGCGCCUGCACCGUUUGAACCUGCUACAGUCUCAUCCCCAGGAAGUGAUGUACUUCCAGCCUGGAGAGCCCCCAGGCUCUGUGGAAGAUGACCAUAUCCCCUUCCUCCGCAGAGGGGUCCCGGUGCUCCACCUCAUCUCCACGCCCUUCCCAUCUGUCUGGCACACGCCUGAUGACUCUGAGGCCAACCUGCACCCACCCACAGUGCACAACCUGAGCCGUAUCCUUGCCGUGUUCCUGGCUGAAUACCUGGGGCUCUAGC